CCUCAAUCAUUUUCCUAUAUCAGUGAACGAUAGAUUAUUAUUCAUCCUUACUCUAUUUAAAGGAUUAAAGAUCUCUAGAGGUUAUUAUAAGGUUUUGUCUCCCUGUAACUUUCAUGUUUAUCUGUCGCGUAUAUAUGAAAAAGAUUAUGUGCUCUUGCUUAGGGAAUGUAAUUGCCAAGAGUAUACAAACAUAGCACGAUAAAAUAUAAUCAUCGAUUAUUAUUACAAAUUGUCGUAUCUUACUGGCAAACAGAGAAACUCAUUAUAGCGAUAUGAAUACUGUCUACCUACUUUUUGAAAAAGUACAUUUCAGUACAUCUCAUACAUUAUGGCGUUGAUAACAGUUACCGCGCUAAUGUUAGGUUAUGUUGCUAUUAAUAAAUCAAACGUUUCUAUCGGAGUGACAUACUGUAAUCGAAUGAAAUAAAUAUAGCAAAAUACAAACUAUGCUUAGCGAAGCUUGUUAAAACGGCAUUCCAUUAUACAAGAAUAUAUGUUUUCGAAAAGACAAGUUCUCCAGUUCGUUUGUGUAUCAGCUGAUUCUCCCACUCUCUCUUCCAUUUUUCCUUAGUCAGUAUACACUCGAAUCGACACUUGGACUAGAUAAUAGAACCGACUACGUCGACAUACCGUUUUUCCACAUUGUCAACAAAGAAACCAUCGCUAAAGAACCGCAUAAGUAUCCCUGAAGCUAAUGGCAGAUCAUGAAGUUGUUAAAUCGAAAAGCUGGAUUUGGGAAUGGAUUAGCUGGUCUGUUUCAUCUUCGACUAUGCUACGUGCCGCGGAGAAGAAAAUUCUUUCCUAUUUGAAAACCACAUAUCGUGGAUGGUAUGUCGACAUAGGACCAGUUGUAGGGACAGCAGAUAAAAUAUGGACUAUUUCUUUGAACGAGGAAUCACCAAAGACACCAAUUGUCUUGCUACAUGGCUUAGGAGCAGGAGUAGCAUUGUGGUGUUUAAAUUUGGAUGUGCUAGCUUCUCAAAGACCAGUAUACGCUAUUGACAUAUUAGGUUUUGGAAGAAGUAGCCGUCCAGUUUUUAGCAAUGAAGCGCAAAAAGCUGAAGAGCAACUAGUUGAAUCCAUUGAAGAAUGGAGAAGGGAAAUGCAGCUGGAAAAAUUUGUGCUGUUGGGUCACUCCAUGGGUGGCUUUCUUGCAGCAUCGUAUUCUAUACAGCAUCCUGAUAGGAUUAAACAUCUUAUUCUUGCGGAUCCUUGGGGUUUUCCUGAAAGACCAGUUGAACCAGCUUCAAAACAACCUAUACCAUUUUGGGUGAAAGCUAUAGCGUACGUGGUGCAACCGCUGAAUCCAUUAUGGGCCGUUAGGGUAGCAGGUCCAUUUGGACAGUGGCUAAUUGAGAAAACUAGGCCAGAUAUCGUAAAGAAAUUUUCACCUAUCUUAGAUGAUACUACUGUAAUUUCGCAGUACAUACAUCAGUGUAAUGCUCAAACUCCGUCGGGUGAAAGUGCAUUUCACGCGAUGAUGCAAGGUUUUGGCUGGGCCAAAAAUCCUAUUGUUAGAAGAAUAGACAAAUUGAGUCCAGAAAUUCCGAUAACUUUGUUAUAUGGUAGUCGAUCGUGGGUAGAUAACUCGUCUUGGGAAACGCUUAAACAAGCUAGAUCAUCGUCUUACAUUAACGUUCAGGCGAUAACAGGAGCAGGUCAUCAUGUUUACGCAGAUAAAAGUGACAUUUUCAAUAAAUACGUAUUAGAAGCGUGUAAUUUAAGUGAUUCAAUACCCCAACUAACAGCGACGAAUAUUCGUCCAAAUAUUAAAUCCGUAAACGAACAACAAAUCUCGCUCACUGUAACGGAUGAAGAAGUUGAUUCGAAAGCCGUGGAAGAACAAGAACUAAAUACGUCGCAAUCACGAUCCAGUUGAAGUUUAGUACACAAUUUUAUAGUUAAAUUACAUUCUUUGACCUUGUCGUGCAAUCGAAUGAACAGCGUACUUUGUGUGAUGUACAUAGAUUAGGUGUAUGCACUACAACAUACCAAAUCAUUUCAUAUUAAGUAAUAUUGUAAUGCAAUUUAAUUUCCAACUUAUGUCACGCCAUAUUAGUUCUUAACCUCUUAAACUAUUUCAGUAACAUUAAUUAAAGUGUUGAGAUUUUUAUGUUAUAGAGUUUGAUUUGUAACAUGUGAAUUCGAUUUUAUAACCUACAUGAAUAUUUCGAAACAUGUACUUGUGAUACUCGCGAAUCAUAAGUAAAUCUAAAUAAGGUAAAAGCAAAUGAAAUCAUUGGGAUCAAUAUUUUACGUGAAUAUUGCGUGUAAAUUGCAAGUAUAACGAUGGAGAGAAGUUGAAUUGUACAUUAUGUAUAGUUGUAGUAUAAAAUAAAAAACCUUUGAUAUAAAUCACAAUAAAGAAA